GGCAGGGCCUCUUAUGAUGCCUCAUACAGACGUGUGCUGCGACAGUAUAGAAACAGUAACAGGAAUGUGAACUAAAGUGCAGUUCUGAAGAGAAUUGAACUUCUGUAGCUUAUUCCCUGAUACCUAAAGUGGAGGAAAGGACAAAGCCAACUGAAUUACUCCACCAGAGGAAUAAAUAGAAGAGAAGAGAAAAGUCUGAGACAUGUUGCAGUGCCGAGUGAAUUUCCUGGACGACACCUACUUUAUGUGGGAGCUGGAGAGAAAUGCACUGGGACAGGAUCUCUUCAAUAAAGUUUGUGAACACCUUGACCUGUUGGAGAGGGAUUAUUAUGGUCUGGUCAUGUGGGAUUCUCCUAGUACCAGGGUAUGGCUAGACUGUGCUAAAGAGAUCCGAAAACAGAUAAAAAGUCCAGAAACGGAAUUCUUUUUUAACAUCAAGUUUUACCCGCCUGAUCCCUCCAUUCUAGCUGAAGACAUCACAAGAUAUCUCCUGUGUCUUCAGCUGAGGAAAGAUAUUCUGAUUGGUCGACUGCUCUGUCCAUCAGACAUCCUAGCUCUGUUGGGUUCAUACACAGUUCAGUCAACACUUGGUGAAUAUGACCCAAAUCUCCACCAGAACAACUAUGUCAGUGAAAUUGUUCUUGCACCCAAUCAGAGUGAAGAGUUGGAGGAGAGAAUAAUGGAGCUGCAUUCCACAUACAGAUUAAUGAGUCCUGCCCAGGCAGAUAUGCUUUUCCUUGAGAACGCCAUGGGGUUCCCCAUGUAUGGAGUAGACCUGCAUCCUGCCAAAGAUGUCAAUGGUGCAGAUGUGAUGCUCGGCGUUUGCUCUGAAGGACUAAUGGUAUAUGAGGAUGAGAUUGAAACAAACAUUUUCCUCUGGCCCAGAGUUCUUAAAAUCUCCCACAAACGCAGCACCUUUCUUCUGAAGAUGCGCCCUUCUGAGGAGGAUGAGUUUGAGGGUGCCAUCAGCUUCAGUUUGGCCAGCUACCGAGCCUGCAAACAACUGUGGAAAUGCUGUGUGGAACAUCAUAGUUUCUUCAGAAAUAGACUUCAAGACACAAAAACAAAAAGGCUCCUGACCUUGGGUUCAAGGUUCCGUUUCCAUGGACGCACUCAGUCUGAGUGUCUGGAAGCCAGCGGCAACAUCACCCGGGCUCCUCCACGAUUCACACGUUUUAUCAUCAAGAGAAAAGGAAAUGAAGAAAUUCUUGAUGUUUUAAAACAACCAGUUCGAACAGAGUUGGAUGACUGGUUCCUGGUCUAUGGUCCAGAUAAAUGGCGCAUUUCUACAUCAGAUGAUGUCAUGCUAGAAAGUGAGAAGUUGCAGGAGUGGAAGCAUCAGCCAGAUGACUGGUGUGUUCUCCUCGACAGCAGCCCAUUUUUACUAUUGGGCGUCCAGCAGCCCCUUCAGACUGAAGAACGGAGAGAAGAUGUGGAAGUUGUGGAGGGGUCAGAGGAGAGGCUCACCGAUGAGCUUGUGAUAAAACAUUCAUGUAAAGUUCAGGUCAUCCAGGAGGGGUCUGACAUAAUUGAGAAAGAACUUCCUGAUUUUGAAUUAAAACAGGAAAUCAUGAAACCUCUAAAGGAGACACUAAAGGAAGAAGUACUAGAAGUCAAUGGAGAAAGAAUACAAAGGGUAGUAAUCACUAAACAGUGGACACAGGAGGUUGACUCUUUGGUGGAAUCACAAGAAGCUGUAAACAAAAAGAUAGAGAGGGUGGAGCUGGUGGAAAGAUGUGUAAUAGUCACUGAAAAUAAGACAUUGGGAUCUGAGGACACUUUUGAGAGAUUGGAAAUCAUGGAACAGAGACUAGAAGAGGUGGAUGCUAUCAAGCAAAAGCUAGUUGAGGUGGAAGAGCUGAGGUUUGGAUUACAGGAAGUGGAAAGUUUGGAACAAAGGUUGCAGCAAGUUGAGAAGGAGGAGCUUCAACGAGCGGAGAAAGAUGAUUGGUACAUUUUACUAGAUCGCAGGCCACUGAUGCUCACUGCUACCCCCACAGGAGGAGUUCAAGAAGAGUUGCAACAGAUAGUGUAUAUUCCCCAACCAAUGAAAAAAGAUGACGAUUGGUACAUUCUAUUUAAUGUGCUUCCAAAAACCAUGGAAAUAUCGCGCUCCCUUCAAGAUGUGAGCAGAUACACUCCUGAAGAAGAUCAGCGUGAAGAAGAGAAGAGAGAGGUAGAAAGAAAAAUACAGCAAGAGUUGGUGACACCCGAGAAGACAAAAACACAGACAAGAGAGGAGGUGAUUCAGAGCAGAGUGAAAACAGAGGAGGUCCAGAAAGAACAAGAGGAGCAGGUGACAGUGGAUUAUAGGAGACUACAGCCAUUUGUUCUUGAGCAGAGAGCAGCAGAGCCUCAAAUAGACAAAGAGGAUGACUGGUUUGUUGUUUUGGAUGGUUCUCCUAAAAGAUCAGUGCCCUCUGUUGAGCUGUAUGAGGAGACCAGAGAGGAGGUGAUCCAGGGAAGAGUGAGAACAGAGCAAAUAAAACAACAGGAGCAGGUGACAAUGGAUUAUGGGAGACCACAGACAGUUAUUCUGGAGCAGAAGACAACACAACCUCAAAGAGACGUGGAGGAUGACUGGUUCAUCAUUUUUGAUGUUUCUCCUGAAGGAUCAGUGCCCUUGACUCUUUCAAAUCUACAAAGUCCAACUGCAAACCUGUAUGAGGAGAUCAGAGAGGAAGUGAUUCAGAGCAGAGUGAGAACAGAGGAGGUGCAGAGAAUGAAACAGGAGCAGGUGACAGUGGAAGAUAGGAGGCCACAGCCAGUUAUUCUUGAGCCGAGGACAGCUCAACCUCAAAGAGACGUGGAGGACGACUGGUUCGUCAUUUUUGACGUUUCUCCUAAAGAAUCAGAGCCCUUGGUGUAUUCACAGCUGCAAGCUCCAACUGUUGAGCUGUAUGAGGAGACCAGAGAGGAGGUGAUUCAGAGCAGAGUGAGAACAGAGGAGCAAGUGAUUGAGGUGAUGACCGUGAGCGCUAAAGAACAAAUAAUAGUACCAGAGAAGAAGAGGACAAGCAUCAUACAAACCCCACAGUUUCCAGUUGUGCCCAGAGACUUUGAUGAUGACUGGCUUCAGCUUUUUGACAAAGUUCCUUAUGAGCAAAAGAGUUUCCCAUCAGAUAUCAGAGGCAGAGAUUUUGAGGUCCGUGAACCCAUCAAAGACCAGAGAGUUCAGAGAGUGGUGGAGGAGCAGAUGAGAGAGAAAAGACUGAUCACUGAAGAAAAGAGAGUGAUCAUUGAUGAAGUUGACGAUGACUGGUUUGAGCUUUUGGAUGCAGCACCUCCUGAGAUGAGGAGCGUCCCUUCAGUUGCAGUGGCUACUGAAGAGCGCAGGAUGAAAGAACAGGAAGACAGAAGAGUGAGACAGCAGCAGAUGAGAGUGAGAGAGGGGGAGGAGAAGAGACUAAGAGAACUAGAGAAGCGAAAACAGGAGCUGGAAUUAAGAAGAGCUCAACUAGCUGUUACUGUGAAGACAGAAGCACAGCCUCAGAUUGAAAAAGAUGACGACUGGUUCAUUCUUUUUGAUGUUUCACCAAAAGAAACAGUUGUUGCAGAUGUCCUUAAAGUGGACAGGAGGGCUGAGGAAGAGAAGAGGAGAAGGGAAGAAGAGAGGAGGAGGCAGAUAAAAAUAAAAACACCAUCUGUACCAGAGAAAAAACCAGUACAACUGCAGACAGAAGCGGAGGAUGGCUGGUUCACACUUGUGGGCAUCUCCCCUAAAGAUUACGUUCCCACACCUGUUAUUUCCCCAGUGGCUCCGCCCAAACCCCGCCCACAGAUCCCAGCUGACCAACCACUCACCUCCACUCCGACCGCACAACCUGUGUCCAUUACAAAAACCUAUCAGGAGAGGACUAAAGACCUAUGGAACAUCACACUGGAGUCUGAGCAAUCUGCAACUGAGUCGGUGCUCAUGAGGAAGACAAGGACAAGUGAAGGAGAGAGCAUCUAUAUUCGUCACAGCAUUUUGAUGCUGGAGGAUUUUGAUGUGUCCCAUGAGAUGAUUUUGAAGCACUAUGCCAGCAUUUCUCAACUUAAGCGUGGCUUUAUGGAGGUCAAGCAAGAUUUCGGACCCACUGAAUGGGACAGACGUCUCUCAUCAUACUCGCCUACUUCCAAAGCUCAGUUCCCACAUGCCAACGAAGAGAUACUCGUGAGAAUGGGCUUAAUUGAAGAAGAUGGAAAAACAGUCUUGUUUCGCUCUCAAGAGAUAAUAUAUGUGUGAAUUCUAACAGCUUAAACUUAUGAUUUCUAUGCACUUACAUAUAAUCCCUGCUGAAACAUUCAAGGAUGUGAAUAUGUUGAAAAAUGUGCUUUGCGUGUUUUAUACAGUAGAAUGUAAUUCUGUUUUGCAUUUUUCUUAUAUUUGAUCGAUCUAAUUUAACAUUGUUGAUGGUAGACGUUUCCUUAUACACUGGUAAUCAUGUCCACAACAGUAUAUCAAAAGCAUCACUUAAUUUGUGUAGACCUUCAGACUAAAAAAAUCUAAUCUCAGGCUUACAUUUGGUUUAUUUUAACUGCUUACACCAAUUCAGUUAUAUUCAAAAGGAAUAAAAGCUGUCAUAUGCACUGCCAAA